AUGAACAAUAGAAAGUCGGAAGCUUCUUAUACCACACCAUCAAAGAUCCCUUACCAUCAAAAUAAUAGAAAAGGACGCUUUGAUCUCAGUAAUGAGCAACUAAAGGAGAUCAAAGCUGCAUUCAAUCUUUUGGAUUCCCUCAACACCGGUAAAAUAGAUUACCAUGAGCUGAAGGUUGCAAUGAGGGCUCUCGGCUUUGAUGUCAAGAAAAAGGAGGUUUUGGACCUGAUCCAGAAAUACGACAAAACGAACACUGGAUAUAUUGAUUUUGAAAAUUUUAAGGAAAUAAUGGUUAAGAAGUUUGCUGAACGCGAUCCAAUGGACGAAAUUAACAGAGCCUUCGAGUUGUUCGAUGAAGAUAACAAAGGUAACAUAGUUUUCAAGGACCUGAAAAGAGUUUCAAUGGAACUUGGCCAUAAUUUAAGCGACGAUGAUUUGAGGGCAAUGAUUGAGGAGUUUGAUAAUGACCGAGACGGAGCCAGUUCGUUUUAUUUAGAAAUAUAA